UAAUACCAUACACUAUGAAUUAAAAAUAACCAGUCUGAAUGCAACUGGGCUCGGUCUACCAGAGCUAUUACAGACAAGUGACUUGGAGGAUAACCCAGGAAUUCAGACAGACUCAGAAGCCACUUCAUUUCUUCAUUACCAAGAGUAGAGCCUAGAGAAAUCGAUCUUUUUAAAAUAAUAUUUCGUUAAAACACUCCUGAAAACAACAAGUAUGGAAUUCCCAAAAAAUCAGAGCAAUAAUACCGUGGAAUUUACUGAGUUACUAACUGGGAUAAACUAAAUACUAAGUGUGGGCUUUGGAAGGAAAGCUCACAGCCCAAAUUUUUCAGGUACAUAUUAAGAUGGUGUUAAAUUUGUUGUUGUUCCAAGCCGCGUGAUAUUGUUUGUGCGGUACUAAUGUCAGGCCAGAGAAGGCCAAGACUUCCGACAUUAUUUCAGAGCCGGGUAACGGACAAUACUCUUGUUACUUGUCAAAAAUGUCUGGAAAAAGGCCACUGGACGUAUCAGUGCACAGGCAAACGAAAAUAUCUUAAGCGGGAAUCCUACACCGUCAUACUGGGAAAGAAAAUUGAAGCUCAGAAAAAGCUUAAGGUUAAGAAAAGGUCAAGUAGUGGAACGUCAUCAUCAGAAUCAAGCUCUAGUUCUUCCGGUGAAUCUUCAACUUCAAGUUCUUCUGCUGAAUCUGGUGAAGAAGACUCCAGUUCGGAAAGUAACUCCAGCAGUGACGAAAGUUCUAGUGACAGUUCUUCAUCGGAUACUUCCUCAAGCAGUGAAGAAAGUCGUUCUUCUAAUUCUCCAAAAGGUUUGAAACACAAAAACAGGUCUUAGUUGAAACUACUGUUGUGUCACUAUUCCGCUUUCAGAAAAGAUACUUUUGAUAUCUACGAUGCGUUUUUAUUUCAUGGAACAGUAAAGGAUCAUCCACAAACGUG